AUGGCAUCCUCUUCUCGAGCUUUAGCCACCGUUGGCCUCUCCAGCCGACUCACGAAUCCAGUUGGCGCCUCAUCCAGAGCCUACUCUACUGUAAUUAGGAACCAUGCGCUUCGCGCGGCAACACGGCCCUCGGCGACUAUGAAGCUCGCUGCGACUGGAAGAAUCGCAUUCCGUAGAGCCUACGCCGACGAAGCUCCAAAGCCCAGGCCCGGCAAACUACGAAGAACAUUGAGGUGGGCUUGGAGACUGACUUACCUCUCUGCCGCUGGCAUUGUUGGUUAUACUUGCUACGUUGUUUACCAAGAUCGUCAUCCGGAACCCCAAUAUGAAGCAGAUCCUACCAAAAAAACCCUGGUCAUUCUUGGUACCGGAUGGGGUUCAGUUGCGUUGCUAAAAAAGUUGGACACCGAAAACUAUAAUGUUGUUGUCGUAUCCCCUCGCAACUACUUUCUGUUCACUCCCUUGCUGCCGUCCUGCACAACCGGUACCAUUGAACACAGGUCCAUCAUGGAACCCGUUCGAGCCAUUCUUCGGCAUAAAAAGGCCGCCGUCAAGUUCUAUGAAGCCGAAGCCUCUUCUAUCGAUCCCGAGAGAAAGGUCGUCAAGAUUGUGGAUAACUCGGAGAUUAAGGGUGCCACUUCAGAAACGGAGAUUCCCUACGACAUGCUUGUAGUUGGCGUUGGCGCUGAGAAUGCGACUUUCGGAAUCCCCGGUGUGCGGGAGCACAGCUGCUUUCUCAAAGAAAUCGGCGAUGCUCAGCAAAUCCGCAAGAAGAUCAUGGACUGUGUCGAAACUGCUGCCUUCAAGGGCCAGACUAAGGAGGAGGUUAGCAGGCUGAUGCACAUGGUGGUUGUUGGUGGCGGGCCAACAGGCGUCGAGUUCGCUGGCGAGCUCCAAGACUUCUUCGAGGAGGACAUCAGGAAGCUCGUUCCUGACAUCAGUCCUCACUUCAAGGUCACUCUGAUCGAAGCCUUGCCCAACGUUCUUCCUUCUUUUUCCAAGCAGCUCAUUGAAUAUACCGAAAACACUCUUCGCGAGGAAAAGAUUGACAUCAAGACCAAGACCAUGGUCAAAAGGGUCACAGACACAGCCGUGGAGGCUGAGGUGUCGCGCCCAGACGGUGCCAAGGAGAAGGUUGUCAUCCCUUAUGGUCUCCUUGUCUGGGCCACUGGCAAUGCCGUUCGGCCUCUAGUCAAGGAUUUGAUGAGCAAGAUCGAGGCACAAAGGGACUCGCGCCGCGGCUUAGCCGUGAACGAGUACCUUGUCGUCCAAGGCGCGCGUGACAUUUGGGCUAUUGGAGACUGUGCCGUUGCUGGAUACGCCCCAACGGCCCAGGUGGCUUCUCAAGAAGGCAAUUUCCUUGGCCGAUUGUUCAACAACAUGGCCAAGACGGAGAGUCACGAAGCCCGUAUCCAGGAAUUGAGCAGUAAGCUGAAUCUCCAAGGCGGCAACUCGGCCGAGGCAGCUCAGGAGAUUGAAAGCCUCGAGAAGAAACUGCGCAGAAUGAAGGACAUCAAGCCUUUCCGCUACAGCCAUCAGGGCAGUCUGGCUUACAUUGGCAGUGAAAAGGCUGUCGCCGACGUCAGCUGGUGGAAUGGAAACCUUGCUACGGGCGGCAGCAUGACGUACCUUUUUUGGCGGAGCGCUUACCUGUCCAUGUGUUUUAGCACCCGAAACAAGGUGCUUGUUCUCUUGGAUUGGCUGAAAUCAAAGGCCUUCGGCCGGGAUGUAUCACGCGAGUAA